CGUCGUGUGUGUUUAGUGUGUCUGUGAAAGUUCCAUCCUCAAUCGUUCCACACACACAAGAAAAAAGUAAACACUAAUUUCGCCGGUCCUAAAGUGGAAGAAAGAGAAGAGACAGACAUGUUUUCUGUCUGAGUCUGUCUUGUGUUUGGUUUAGUGCACCCUAAAUUAUAUAUUUAAUAUGAACAAGGAAACUAAUGGAAAGGCGGAGGCAGUACGUGAGUCGCGGGACGUGGAGAGCGGCAAGCCACCGUCCGCCGAUCGGGACCUGGUGAGCGGCAGCAGUCCGCUCGCCGAAGCCGACGAGACGGGUAGGCGACGUGGCCGUGGCACGAGGACGCGACCGCUCCGCGUAUUGCUCCGACGACUGGCCAUCAUGACGAUUGUGGGCGCGAUUGCGGCCGCCCUGGCCGCCCUCAUCUGGUACUUCCUCGGGUGGUUGUCGCUCGUGCAGCUGGUGCUCGUUGCCGUUGUGGCCUACGUGGCCGCCGGCAACUACCGUUGGUUCUAUGUGGCCCUCAAGACGGCGCCGAGGGACAUAAGGGCAUUGUACGGCUACAUCAGGCUGCUGAUACAGGUGAAAAGUCUGCACAGGCAGGACCUGACCCUCGCCGAUAUUUUCGCCAGGAAUGUCAAGAAACAUCCGCACAAACCCUGUAUACUGUUCGAGGAUCAGGAAUGGGACUUUGCUAAGGUGGACGAAUUCAGCAAUAAAGUAGCAAACGUGUUCAAAUCUCACGGCUACAAAAAGGGCGACGUAGUCGCACUGUUUUUGGAAAACAAACCGGAAUUCAUAUGUAUCUGGUUGGGUCUGUCGAAAUUGGGGGUCAUCACGCCCUUAAUCAACACGAACCAAAGACUGAACUCUCUCGUGCAUUCCAUCAACAUUGCCAAAAGUCAGGCCGUAAUUUUCGGCACCGAACUCUCUGAAGCUGUUGCAGAUGUACUGGACAAGAUCGAAUCGAAGGUGGCGCUGUACCAGAUCAGCUGCAACAACAACAACACCCAAGCAACCAACCAAAGAUACGAAAACCUCGAUCAGUUGAUCAAAGAUGCGCCAGCAACGGCGCCCCAAAUAACCGAAAAGGUGGGUCACCACGAUCACCUGGUGUACAUCUACACGUCGGGCACCACCGGCCUGCCGAAAGCGGCCGUUAUCACCACCUCCCGUUACGUCUUCAUAGCGGCCGCCAUCCAUUGGCUGAGCAGGUUCAACGCCAACGACAGAUUCUACACGCCCCUACCUUUGUACCACACGGCUGGCGGUUGCAUGACGGUGGGUCAGAUGUUGAUUUUCGGCUCGACCAUCAUCAUCCGCAAGAAGUUUUCGGCUUCCAUGUACUUUUCGGAUUGCAUCAAGUACAACGCUACGAUCGCCCAGUACAUUGGUGAGAUGUGCAGGUACAUACUGGCAGUCAAGCCCAAGCCCACCGACACUCAGCACAAGCUCCGCAUGAUCUACGGCAACGGUCUGAGGCCGCAGAUCUGGAGCGAGUUCGUGGAACGGUUUAACAUCCCCAAAGUGGCUGAGUUUUACGGCGCCACCGAAGGCAACGCAAACAUUGUGAACAUCGACAACACGGUCGGUGCCAUAGGGUUCGUCUCCCGCAUCAUCCCGCAAGUGUACCCCAUCUCCAUCAUCAAGGUGGACCCCAACACCGGGGAGCCGGUGAGGGACGCCCGCGGGCUUUGCAUGCUGUGCAAGCCGGACGAACCGGGCGUGUUCAUAGGCAAGAUCGUGCCCGGCAAUCCGUCGCGGGCCUUCUUGGGCUACGUCGACCAAGAGGCGUCGAAGAAGAAGGUGGUGCGUGAUGUCUUCAGGAAGGGCGACCAGGCCUUCCUGUCCGGCGAUAUUCUGGUCGCCGACGAGCUGGGGUACCUGUAUUUCAAGGACAGGACGGGUGAUACGUUCAGGUGGAAGGGAGAGAAUGUGUCGACGUCGGAAGUGGAGGCGGUGCUCAGCAAUUUGGUUGAUUACAAGGACGUGGUGGUUUACGGGGUGGAGAUCAGAGGUCAGGAGGGCAGGGCCGGUAUGGCCGCCGUUUUGGACCCGGACAAGGCGGUGGACCUGAAGGCGCUGGCCGAGGGAAUCAAGAAGGCUCUGCCGUCUUAUGCCCGGCCCAUUUUUGUCAGGGUUUUGGAGAAAUUAGAUCUGACAGGAACAUACAAGUUGAAGAAGAACGAUCUGCAAAAGGAGGGUUUCAAUCCGUCACCGCUGACGGACAAAAUCUACUACUUGGACAGCACAGGCGUCUACAGCCCGGUUACGCCGGAAGUGUACGAUAAAAUAAACAGCGGACUUAUUAGAGUUUAGUUGGUUAAAAGCAAUAAAAGCGGUGUUGUGUACUUUUUUCACCUGUGAUUGUUCCUCUCUCGAAUUGACUGAACAUGGACCUUUUCCAGUUGAGAUAUAUGUGCAUUCGAAUUUUUAACUGUACAAUUUUUGUAUUUUUCAGAAACGUAUUUUUGUAUGCCUAAGCCGAUUUUAGAUCUUUAUUAUGUAUAUUGUGGUUUUGUUUGUAAUAUUAUUGUUAAAUAAAUAUAUUUAUUUUA